UGCCGCCGGACUCCUCGGUCACUCCCACCUCCCCCCCUCCUCCCUCCUGGGUCCAUCCUACAUGAAGGGGAGCAGCCUGCCGCCGCUUACCGCCGCUCAAACGUGGAGGGAAGGACACGGAGAGCGACGCUCGUCGCUGACUGCGCGGGGUUAUUGUUAGUCCGGUGAAAUUUACGGCUCUGUCGACAUAUUUAGUGCAUCUUCCCUCAGCGCUGGACCGACAGGGAGGGACUGUUUGUUUCUCCAGGAGCCUCCAGGAACAGAGUCGGCAGUUGGAAGGACAUUGAAGUGUGAGAGCAAGGGCCAGUCAAGACGAGUGUGAGCCCCUGGACCUUUCAAGGAAGCAGCAACGUUGGCAUUCUCACCUGUAAGAGGAAGGAAUGAAACCGGAUGGGGAUACCAUGGAAACCACGGAGCCCACCGAAGCCGCAGCAGUAGCAGAGCCUUCAUCAUUGCAGGACAACAUAACAGAGCCAGCCCCAUCGCAACCAGAGGAAGCUGCAAGUGAUGCAGCACCUGCGACGGCUCCGAAGGCCAGUGGCAAGCCAGUGGCAACAGAUGCCAAAGUCAAACCAAAAGCUGUUGCAACUAAAACACAGCCCACAGCUAGAUCUGCAGGGGCCUCUGGGUUGCGGCCAGGUACUGCCUCACACCGCACGGUGAAUGACGUCAAAUCCUCUAACAAUGUCUUUGCAGCUGCAGCCAAGAAAACGACAACUACAGCAAAAUCAUGGGCAGCGGGAGCUGUACCGAAAAGGCCGGUGGGUGUAGCAGCAGUUUCUUCAACUGUCAAGAACCAAACUAGAGUGCCUGACAAGAAGCCUGUUGGAUCGGCUAGGGCUACCUCUGUUGCUUCUGCCACAGCAACAAAUGGUUCCAAACCAACAACAGUGAAUGGCGUUACUAAGAAGAGACCACCAGCUGAGACUGUUAAUGUAGCCAGACCCAAAACCACAGCUACUGCCAGCAGAGCAGCAGUGUCCACUGCCCCAAAACCCAGCACUUCGACCAAAACCGCGGAUGGUGCCGCUGCCUCAAAGACCACCAGGCCUGCUACAGGUCCCUCAACAUCUCGACCUGCAUCUACUGCAGCAAGGCCCGCCUCAGCUACAGUCAAGCCCUCCACCACUGCAACCACCAAAACCUCUGCUUCUAGAGUUACCACAGCACCCUCUACUGGCAGGACCACAGCGGCACAGCCUCCCAGAACUGCUGCUCCUAAGAAAGAUGUCAGUCGCCCACCUUCUGCUGCAGUGGCAAAGAAACCUACAACGGCUACAACAUCCACUGCCACCAAAAAACCUGAACCCUCUCGACCCAUGGCCGCCGUAAAGCUCAGCUCUGCCUCCAAAUCCUCCACAACAGCGAAGGCAGCAGACCCCAAGGUGUCACAGCCCAAAACUCCCACACCUGCGAAAUCAACUCCCACAAGGAAACCUGUAGCUGCUGUUCCGUCUGUUGCCCGUAACAAACAGCCCCUUGGUCGAACCCCGCCUGCCUCUCCAGCCAACAGACCUGCAAACAGCAGCACCCCUCAGGCAAAACGUGGAACCAAACCCACACAGGCUGUCCCACCUUUUACUACUGGCAAGAAGACAGGGGUCUCAAAUACGACCAAGCCUGCUGUAGAAGCACAGAUUGCUGCUGGUGCAGCAGUAGUAGCUGCCACAGCAGUGACUGUACUGGCAGAAACGGGCGCUUCAGAGUCCUUCCCACAAGUACCAUCCCCUGCUGCCCCUGCACCAGAAGAGGUCCCUGCCUCAGUCGUGGCCCAGGAAACCAAGUCUCAAGAGACUGCUCAAACACAUGCUGCUGCUUCAUCUCCUCCACAAAGCCCUGUUAGGACAGGUGUACCACAAACAUCUCCACCCCAGGAGCAGGUAGAAAGCAGUGCUUCCUUACUAACCACGCAGGAGCCGACCCCUGCCCCAGCUGAGCCUACAUUACCACCAGUGGCCUCUCCUCCAGAUAUAUCAGAGGAGCCUGUUUACCUGUUAACAGACCAAGCCCCCUCCACAUCUACAGCCCUCCCAGCAGCGACAAAUGCCAUCCCUCUGGUAGUUUCUCCUACCAAUUUAAAUGAGGAGGAGGAUGAAGAGGAGAGGGAGGGAAGCCAGUUGGUUUCUGUGUCUGAAAUGAGUGGAACCACACAGCCCACAGAGGAGUCUCGUCCUGGGUCGGCGGGACCAGUAGGAGGGUCUGCUUGGAGGGCUGGUGGCGCCUUGCUUUCUGAGCUGGACUCUGAGGAAGUAAGCGGCAGCCAGCAGGGUGCGUCUGAGCUGAGUGCCCCUGGUGUACUGGAGGGCACAGAGAGCAUGGACGAUCUGGGAGACGGCAGUCUCAAAGGAGCCAUUGACAUGGAAGGAGCCUCAGCUGGUUCACCUGACUUUGAAAAAGUUCCUGACAUACCAGUGAAUGACUUUGAUGAAGACGAUGAUGAGGACGAUGACGAUGAUCGGGUGUGUGACAUGGAUGUGGGCUCAGAGCGGGCAGAUGAACCGCAGAGACCCAGGCAUGACAAUGAUGUGGAUGAUGAUGAGGAGGAUGAAGAUGUGGAGAUGGCUAGUGAGGGGGUGACAGAGAGUGGGCUGGAAAGCUAUGGGAAUGCAGAUGAGGACGACUUUGCUGAGGAUGAAAGGUUGGACAACUUGAACAGAGUGGCUCAGCCCCCACCUCCCCCUCCUGUGCUGCCCUCUGCCCCAGCUGCUCAGUGGGACCAACCAAACCCCUUUGCUGAUCCUUGGGCAGAACCUCUGCAGCCACAGCAGGUUCUUGAGCACAUCCCCCAGCAUGCACAGGUGGCAGGAGCGGCUGCAGCUAGUCCUUUGGCAGACCCCUGGCAAGCAGACACUGAGACUCCAACUCAGUCCCCAGCCCAAGCUUGGCUAGAACUAGGCUCUGCUCCUUUUAUUCCUGAAAACCAAGAAGUUCCCCAUCAUUCCUCUGUCAAAGAUGAGCCACAAAAUCUAGAGGCCCAAAUGUACAUGGACCAGUCCAGCCCAGCCCCAGUGCAGACCCUGGUCCCAGCUCUCCUCUCUGCCCCAGGAAUGUCUCUUUCAAGCACCCUGAGCAGCGAGACCAGCACGCCAGAGGAACUCUGUGACUACAAUCGAGACGGGAAGCUGCAGCCUCAAGAUGUGCAAGCCCAGAUGCUUUCCCCACAGCCUGACCUGGACUACCAGGACAUGGGCAUGUACUCAGAGAGAGGAGACGGGGAAGGAGAGGAGGAAGCUGAGGCUGAGACGCUGCCCGCCGAUGAAGUCCUGGGUGGCCCUGCAACUGCCCCCACUUCCAACCCCUCCUCAUCCUCAGUAACAGAAGACGAGGCCAGCGACACAGAGGGAGAGGCUCAGUUGGAUGACUCCUUGGAGACUCCAGCAGUCUGUCAGACAACCUUUGACACGCAGCCUUCAGCCCAGCGCUGCCUGUCCACCGUGGAAGAGGGAGAGGAAGCUGACAUGGAGGAGGUGAUAGGUGGCGCAGGCGAAGACACCACACCACCUUCAGCUACAUCGUUGGCAUCAUACGGCUUUGACACCAUGACCACAGCUUCAAACUCCAACGCCCACUCCACAGGGGAGAGCUGUAUCAAGAGCCCUGGAAUCUUCUCCCUGGAGGAGCUGCCCGAGGAGGCUAAGGAGCCCUUUCUCAUCCCGCAACCUCACACCGAGCCAUGCACUGCAGAGCAGCAGUACAUCGAAUGCGGGAAGCAGGAAGCGGAGCCUGCUGAGCAUGUCAAGGAGGAAGCACCAGGGCCCGAGGAAGCCCUGGACCCCUCGUCAACUCUAAGCACUUUGCAGCAACCUGAGGAAAACCCAGAUGACAUCCAGCCUCCCUACUAUUCUGCUAUCUGUGAAAAGACUGAGAACUCUUUUGCAGGCUUCACUGCACUACCGCACCCUCACCGCCGCGAUCACUCUGCAUACCCCAGAACCUACUGCGACAUCGUCAAACCUCUCGUCGCCGCCGUCGCCCCGCCGAAGCUGACCUGUGCCGACCUUCCGCCCAGGAACCUCGGCCAGCAGGCGCUGAGCCCCCAGCUCCGCCGGCUGGAGCAGCACCAGAGACAGCUGCAGCAGAUGCAGCAACGCAGACAGCAACAGAGUCAACCGCUUGAGGAGGCGGAGCAGGAGAGGAAAAGGAGGGAGGAAGAGGAGCAGAGGAGGAAGAAGGAGGAGGCCGAAGAAGAAAUAAAAAGGAAUAAGGAGGAGGUGGAGAGGAAGGUCAGAGAGCAAGCAGAGGUGAAGAAAAAGGAAGAGGAGGAGGAGCAGAGGAGAGACCUUGAACUACAGCUGCAGCAGCAACAGCAGGAACUGAAGGAAAGGCAGCAAAUCAUACAGUGGCAACAAGAACUGCAACAGUCCAAUAAAGGUCAGACAGUGCUGCUGUCCCCUUCCUCUGGCCUCUGCACCAUCUAUGAGGCCCUGGAGAAUAGUGAUGACGAUGAGGCUGAAGAUGAAGAGGAGGGAAUAAAGGAGCUCGCUAAAGAGAAGGACGAGCUCAGACAGGAGACGUCAAAUGAAGAGUUGGAUGACUGUGAACAGGUGAUAUCAGAUGGAGACAAACAUCAAGACUCUUCGCCAUCCACCGAGAGCCCUCCUCCUCUCCGAGACUCCCCUCAGACAUCCAGCAACCCCUCCCAAGAUGGAGACAGCUCCUCCCCUUGCCCUCCCGAGUCUCCAGAGCGGCCCCCACCCCUGGACCUGGACUGGGGGAAGAAAGUGGACAUAGUCCAGCAGCUGAUCAAUCAGACACUGCUGCUGAACAGAGACGGAUGCUCCUCUCUGCUGCUUCUACCAGGGGGCGCAGGAGGCACACUGAGCCCCCUGGAGAGCAGCCUGUGGCCCAGCCUGCUGCCUCCACUCACCCCUCCCUCUGCCACCGUCACCUCUGUCAGUAGUUUCUCCCCAGAGGCCACUGGGAGCUCCCCACAGGGAGAAUGGACAGUGGUAGAGCUGGAGACACAUCACUGAGGGAUUUCACUCACACACACUGAGUACAACAUCUGUUAAACAUCAACACUCAUACAGGGAAGAUGACACAAGUGCUGUCUGUUUGUGCGCACAUACACACACACACACACACACACACGAUAAUUCACAACAAAGGCACACAGCAAAUAAGGUGAUGGACACAUGUAUGCAGAGCAGCCCACAUUUGCUGUGCUAUUAUUAUACACACAGUGAAGCAACGUUAUUAAACAGCUGUACAGACUGAGGUAAAUCUUGUGGGGAACAAUGCAAUAGCUAGAAGGAGUUCUUAGAUAUUGAUACACAUCAGAAUAUCUCCUUAAGAAGAUAACCUACAUCACAUUGUUGAUGCUCGUGUCAUUUCCAAGUAUUUUACAAAGAUAAACAGAGAGAAGUUGAGUAAAAUCCAUGAUAGGAUCAAAAGGAUGGACAAUAAACCAUACUUAUACACUGCCCAGCCCUGGAGGUCCAACCACACACUUUUGGUGCUGUAGAUCAGUGGUUCCCAACCAAUAAGGGUGUUUUAUUUUUCAAGCUUUUCUCUAAUCUGUCCCUUUUUAAACUACUGAAACUACCUAUUAGGCCUAAGCACUCAAAUGUGGCAAUCUGAGGAAGGAAUAAUUAGUCGUAAGUAGAUCUGGUCACAACCUAUAGACAGAUCCAACAUGUUUGGGGCCAUAUCGUAAAAAGGUUGGGAACCACUGCUGUAGAUUAAUUUGAGAGAGGCAGGGAUUUCUAACUGUACUGUAAAAACAAAGCACAGAAAACACAGAUCAGUUCAGUUGAUUGCAGUUUCUCCAAGCAUUUGCUGUUCAGUCAUGCAAAAAAAGGCAGAAGAAAACACAUGGUUGAAAAUUCUUGCCCUGAAUCGAGACUCUCAGGUAGUGCUUACUUUAGGCGAGCUACCACUCCCAACGAACUAAAUGGUUCGAUUUAGUACAUAGAAAGUUGAAAAUUGGAUUAAGGUCAAGGCAAGUCAAGUCAGUAAAGCGGGUCCUAUGUGUAUGUAGACCAGCAGCAGGGGCCGGGUUUUAAGUUCUCCCAUUCUGUUUAUUCAGGUAAAACGUUCUGCAUGCAACCUCAAUACUGUACCAACUGAACUGUAUCAAGAAUAGUAAGUGUUCUUAUUCAUAUUCUUCGGCAUGGGUACUUAUUCUUUUAUCAGAUUUGUCCUGAUUUAAAAACAAACUUCAGACUAGCUUUCAAUUUAAUGCUGGUGUACUGAGUAGUUUAAUAUAUUUUGGCAAAUUAAAUGAACAUUUCUGUUCCCCAAAUUAACACAUUGUAGAAGCAAUGACAAUGAAACCCAGGCCUAGUUUUUAAUUAAUUUAUUUUUAGUUGGCCUUAAAGCACAAUUUUAGUAUACUGUGUGUACAGUAAACAUACUGGAAUCUACCUGUAUCUGUACAAGGUAAAACUUUCAUCUUAUAAAGUAAACUACCUCCAGGUUGCUAAAACUCCCAAAUUCACACCAAACAAAAUGACCAAGGACACGUCCUCAGUGGUAGCUAUGACGCUGCCUGAAACAGAGUCUGUACUCAGGGCAAGAAAGUCUCCGACGCUGCCAGCGAAGAACCCGUGUCUCAUCUCAAGUCAACCAACACGACACCACACUGAAACUCAGCACCUCUGUCACGUCACACUCGACAUCCUACACCACUGCAAACACAAACUUAACACUGACUAUAACAUUACAUUUCAAUCCUUUAAACACACACACACCUGAAACCAUGUGAUUUCUGACAGAAGCCCAUGAUGCAUCACUGCAACUGACUAACAGGGUUGAAACAGGACACUUUUCAUUAUGCCAAAUCUUUGUGCCAUGGGUGGCCACAUAUACACAUACACACACACACACACACACACACACUCACACACACCGACGGUGCCAAAUGGCCUCUAUCAAUCGAAGGUAACUUGACUGAUAGGUUUGGUUGUUAAACUUUGUGUUCCUCACCUGCAGCCCUUUUAAUUGAAGCCAUAACUGUUGAUACACACAUAUCGCUGUCACCUUAUUUUAAUAUGAGAAUACACUGGAGAUGUCCGGCUACUGAAUGGUGAUAAAAGACACUGAGUCCCAGAUUUCUGAGAUUGCACUUCAGUCUUGUAUCGAUUUAAGUAUGAAUUUGUUUGCAAACUGAGAUCAAAAACAGGUAUUGAUUACAGAUGAGGCGGAUCAUCACAUUUCACUACCCGAUCUCAGUCUGAGCUGUUUGGAUCUCACAGCUCUUCACCAAAGGUCAGAGUGACGUGUAAGCUUUUCCCUUUGAAACACUGGAGUCAGGCACUAAUGAGGUUUUAGAUAAGUGCAUGUAUUUUGUGACGAGAUUUCGUCAGUUAAAUGAAACACAGCUGAAGCUAGUUUCUACAGAAAAUGCCUUUUAUGGACACUGGUUCUGUAGCCACGUAUUAACUCCUUCCAUAUGUUAAGUCUUCCUUAGGUUCUCAAGCUCACAUCUUAAUGACGGUAUUUCAGUCACAGACUACACACAGAUGAUGUCUGGUUAUUACACAAGGCCUUCUACACUAGUGCAGUACACAGAAUUUACUUUAGCGACUGACUCUAGGGUUUAACUGAUACUGCUGUGAAGGUCAGGGGUCACGUUAUUGUGUGACACGAGGAAGAGGCAGGGGUUCGAUAUCAGGUUAUUCUGGGUCUCUACUGUGUAUUGUUGUUGAAACUGUGAUGAGCUACGGUAUGGAAGUGUGUGUCGUAAAUGUUCAUAUCUGUGCUGUGUGUUGUCUGGAUACUGUGUGUGUGUCAGUCAAUGUUUAAAUAUAUCACAGGUUUAAAUAUGAGGGGAUUUCUGGGACAAAUUCAGUUUCCUGUAGUGCAAAGCGAAAUAAUGGGCACAGAAAUGCUCGCAGAAAAAUUUGACAUUUAUUUCCACUUGAAUCACUUUUUGUUUUCAGUCAGUUUUUGGCUUGCUGCCCUGCUCUCCAGUGUCAAGCAGCAUAAAAGACUGAUUUUGUUUCAUUAUUAAAUCGAAAGCAGUGCGGCAAUUAUCGCUUUACAACCUUAAUUGACUCUUAAGACUCUCACACUGUUGAUUCCAGCAAAAGCAUUUCCCAUUCACCAUCACCUGCUAAUCUGUCCACUCUCUUAUCAAGGCCUAUGUGUAGCAGCUGAGAAGCAAGCAGGUGUUUGCGCUUUCAUAUGUUUGCUUUCCCGUCCUCCAGGCAGGACGCGUGACGCUCACUGUAUUUUUGACAAAGCUGGACUUUUUAAAUGUGCUUUCUGAAACAUGUCUGUGUAGUGUUUUUGUAAGCAUUUGUGUGUAUACUGUUUAAAGACUGCUCACUGUAAUGAAGGGAAACUCCACUUUACUUUUGUACUUUAGAGAUUUAGAAGCAUAGUAGCCCUUUAAGGGUCAUAUAUAGAUUUUUAUGGAAUAGAGAAUGAAGGAUGAUGGUUGUAAAUGGUAGAUUUUAUUCUUUGUUUUAUGAUCUUCUUCAUGUCCCAUCAACAGAGCUGAUGAGCUGAAUGAUCACAAGGUCAAACUGAACACAGUAGAGUGAACUACGAGUAAACGCAUUGCUUCUGUAGGCUCAAGUUAUUACAACUCACAUUGAAGAUAUUAAUUUAUUAAAACUGAAGUGAGGUCUUUGAGUAGUGAUUUAAAAGGCUUGAUGAAUCUGUUGAAGUGAAGUACAUGGGCACUCCUGCUCGUGGAGUCCGAACCUUGGCAGCUUGUUUUAAAGUUUUUCUUUAUUAAUUGGACUUUCUGAAAGACAUAAAUCUGUGAUUGUGUAUAAUUAUUUCAAUGCCACAUUUUGUGUAAAUAAAAUGUCUUUUUAAUAA